AUGGCAGUGCUGUCUAACACAUCUGAUUCCCCUCCAUGGAGCCCUGCGCUCUCCGAGCAAUCCACGGCAUCCAAGGAACUGGAUAUUCGAGAGCUCCAUCAGAGUCUCCCUUCCAGGUCAGACUUAGCCUUCAUGUUGGGCCAACUGGAGGCCUCUAUACAGGACCAGAUGUCCACAUUAGCGAAGGACGUCCGCCAUAUUGGACAACGAGUAGAGGAGCUGGAGGAGGAAAACCUCACUACUAUCAAGGCUAUUAAAGCCAUUGAGACAAGGCAGUCUACGCUAGAGAAAAUAUUUCUCCACAUGGCCAGGAAUCAGGAGGAUCUUGAGAGACAUAAUCUGUCGGAUCCACUACUUCAGGAUGAAAGAAGACAUCAUGCACUUGACAAAAGACUAUCCUGUGCUUCAAAGGGGCAAUACCACUAUCCAGAUAUUUCCAGACCUGGCCUGGAUGACAUUACAGGGCCAGAGGGCUCUCCGCCUGAUUACCCAGGCUCUUCAAGACCGUAA